AUGUCUUCCUGCGUAAUAGCAUUUGAACAAGCCGUAAUUGCUAUUGGUGGGUACAAUAUCAAGAAGUGCCGGCCUCAAAAGAACUGUAUUCUAUGGGCCAGGAAAAUACAGGCUAAAGCUAAAGAGACACUCGGUACAAUUUUGGUGAGGAGAUUCUUUUACGUUAAAACAAGGGAGCAUCAUAUGACGACCAAGAAGUGCCUCGAGGUGCAGCUGAAGAAACGAACAACAGAGGCGGAACUCUCCAUGCCUGAGGGCAACUUAUCCAGCAGCAACAGCGUAGCAGAAGCACCUUCUUCCAGCGACAACAACAACAAUGGCAACAUUAGGGCAGCAGCACCCUCACUCAAUAGUAGCGGCAGUGUGUUAGAAGUAGAACCCUCAUCUUUCAGUACAAGCGCCAAUUCAUCAUCAGCAGAACCAUCACCGCCCAUCAGUGAUGGAGAGCCGAUGUUCGAAAGUAUGUUUGGGAAACUAGAUCCUGCUAAAAAAUGGAUUUUAUCUACUGGAAAAUGCGUAGAUAACGAGCUAUAUAUGUUUGGCUUACAAUGUACUCAUGAUCAUCCAAGUAAAUCUCUAAUCAUGGAUCCUGAUGAUUCUAAUUAUACCAAAUACAACGUGCUCACGCCAGCAGAGUUAGAAGAAAUACGAACGUAUAACGAAAAAAAGCUUCCGUUGAUGACUUCUGAUUUAAAAAAUCACCUUUUAGCCUUUAACAAAAGCAAUGCCAAAGAUAUUCGUAAUGUUUUUAAAGCUAACAACACGUUUGAUGAUAAGUUUGAUUCAGACGAAGACUGGAUUAAUUGUACAAUGUAUUCAAUACUCAGACAAUACGAAGCAGGAAAUAUGAUGAAGCCUCACGGUGAAUCAUGGUUUCAAUCUCAUAUAUGGUCAAUGAUAGAAAAUGCUUUUGAUGCUCUCAAAGAUAUCGAUUCUGUAGUUGGUGAAUCUGUUAGCCAUGCGAGUCGAAAGAGAAAAAAUGCCAAUAGACAUAUUUCAUCACUUGGAAAAAUGGAUCCUGUUCAAUUUGGCCAUAGACUGGAUAUGAUCUUUAGACAAAAUGUAGCUGAACAAUCUGAAACUAUAGAAUUUGGUGGCAGUGAAGCAGGGAUCAAAGACAGUGGUGGUUGGGGCACAAAAUAUUUAUAUGAAAGAAUGUAUAAGCUUCCAUGUGCACUCAAGUAUAUGCUGGACAGUCUUUAUGAGAAUAUGCCGAACGCUUACCAUCUGCAAUAUAAUCAGCUAAGGACAGUCGGAUUUAUACACAGCGGCCUCAAAAGUCAGAUGAUUACUUUGUAUAGACCUACAAUGUAUGUUUCUCGUGUGACCUCUUACAAAUCCAUCAGUAUUGGUACUCAAAUCUCUCAAUUCAAUUCUUUGAUCCCUGCGAUCUACUCCACCUGGGCCUGCCGUGAAAUUGUUGUUGAGGUUAUGAAUACGAUAAUGUCAUUAGAGAAUAACUUUCUGGAUUUGGAUACUUGUUUAUUGAAUAUACCUCCUCCUGCAAUACCGGUAACAAGUAGCUCGACAGAAACAACCGCCACCUCAAAAAAAUCAUCAAAGAAAAUGAAAAUCCAAGACAAAUGA